AAGGAUGGAUGUCCUUGCUCGGCAGAUUGCUAAUCAGUGCCCAGAUCCAUCUUGCAAACAAGACUUGUUGGCCUACCUGGAACAGAUUAAGUUCUACUCCCACCAACUGAAAAUCUGCAGUCAGGUUAAAGCUGAGAUCCAGAACCUGGGAGGAGAGCUCAUCAUGUCAGCUUUGGACAGUGUCACCUCCCUGAUCCAAGCAGCCAAAAAUUUAAUGAAUGCUGUAGUGCAAACAGUGAAAAUGUCUUACAUUGCCUCAACCAAGAUCAUCCGAAUCCAGAGUCCUGCUGGGCCCCGGCACCCAGUUGUGAUGUGGAGAAUGAAGGCUCCUGCAAAAAAACCCUUGAUUAAAAGAGAGAAGCCAGAGGAAACGUGUGCAGCUGUCAGACGAGGCUCAGCAAAGAAAAAAAUCCAUCCAGUUCAAGUCAUGAGUGAAUUUAGAGGAAGACAAAUCUACUGAAACCACUCUUCUACCUAUAGUGCCUAUAUGACAAAAUCCUGGCUAACCACACUGCUUUAUUUUACACUUAAGAAGUUCUGUAAUUUCA